UCUAUGCCUAUUGUGCAAAUUACGAUGGUGGCUUAAAUUUAGAUACAGUACAAACUCAUUAACAUUUGAAUACAAAAUGGGGGAAGGUCUUUCUUAUCUGUUUGUCGCCGCCAUUGACUUAGGAACCACGUUUUCUGGUGUGGCCUUCUCCUCCAGGGAUUCCUUCAUUAAAGAUCCUACUGAUGUCUGGAUAAAGACCUGGCACGGAGCUAUUGUCACCUAUAAAACUCCUACAGUCAUUCUCUUCGACCAGAACGAGGAAUUUGCUAGUUUUGGUUAUGAAGCAGAAGACAGAUACACUGAUUUAUUGUUGGAUGGUUUGGCAGAAAAUUGGAGUCUCUUCAAAAGAUUUAAAAUGUCACUCUAUGAACAGCAAACUGUAUUGGAUAGUUUAGAACUGGUUGCAGAUAACGGAAAGAAAAUGCCUGCCAUUAAAGUAUUUUCUGCCUCCAUCAAGUAUCUAUCGGAGCAGCUGAUCAAAGAAAUUAUAAAACAGGUCUGUUACACCACAGAAAAAGAUGUUAAAUGGGUUAUUACUGUUCCCGCCAUCUGGUCUCAACCGGCAAAGUCCUUCAUAAGGAAAGCUGCCAUUAUGGCAGGAAUAGAAUCUGAGAUGCUCACCAUAGCACUUGAGCCAGAAGCGGCAGCUAUAUGUCUGAAACAUUUACCUUUAGAGAAAAAGAAAUUAGGAGAAGUUGGAGACAAUUAUAGAACCUUCUCACCUGGAUCAAGUUACAUCAUUGUCGAUUCUGGAGGAGGAACGAUUGACAUAACAACUCAUGAAGUUCUAGAAGAUGGGAGUGUGAAAGAGUUGUUCCAGUCUUCGGGUGGUGAUUGGGGAGGAACCAAGGUAAACGACCGCAUUAUGCAAUUCUUUGAAGAUGUAUUAGGAAGUCUGACCAUGUCUGAACUAAGACAAAACCAUCAGCUAGAUAUUCUAGAACUUGAAAGAAACAUUGAAACAGCAAAGCGAAGUUUGAGCACGCAUAGAAGGAAAAUGACGAUAACCAUCCCAGCCGAAAUUCUAGAUCAGUAUAAAAAAAUUCACCAUGCAGAUCUUUCUUCUGUGAAAAGUGCUACUCUGAGAGACGGUAGAACAAUCGAGUUCAUGUUUAGCAGUGGUAAAUUAAGAAUGGAUCAUGACACUAGCUGUUCUUUCUUUGAAGAAUCAAUAAAUUCAAUUUGUGACCAUUUGAGGAAUAUGUUCCCAAUGAGCACAGGACAAGACAUAGAUACAAUAAUAAUGGUUGGAGGUUUUGCAAAUUGUUCUAUUCUAAUCAGAACAAUUUUAAUAGAAUUUCCAGACAAACACGUACUAGUCCCUGAGGAAGCAGAAUGGUCCGUUUUAAAGGGGGCAGUGAUAUUUGGUCAUGAUCCUUGGUUGAUAAAGCAAAGACGAAGCAGAUAUACAUAUGGUGCCAAAUGUAAAAAGCUGUUUAAAGAAGGAGAACAUGAUGCAAAAAAGAAAGUGGAAGAAAAUGGCAAGGUGUUCUGCCAAGAUCUCUUUAGUAAACACGUGGAAAUUGGUGAAUUAAUCACCGUUGGAGAAUAUCAGACAAAUAAAAAAUAUCGUGUCUCACAUGAAUCCAUGGCAAAGAUACAGUUGUAUGCUUCACGGAAUCCUGAUCCAAAAUAUGUAACGGAUGAAGGUUGUUUUAAGAUUGGAGAACUGGAAAUAUGCAGUCCAGAAUUAGAAGUCGGGAGUAAAACCCGUGUUCAGUUGUCAUUCAGUCACACUGAAAUUGAGGCUAGAUUGAGCCAUAGAAAAUCUGGAACGUCUUCUGCACUUUAUCUGGAUACAAAUUUCUAAAGAACCAUUUUCUUGUCGUUUAAGAUAUUCAUUCUACUGACCAACUGGUUCAUUUUUGUAGCAGUUCAAUGAGUUGAAAAUGUGCUGUUUGGUGAAGAAUAGCGUUAUUUUGACAAUAGAAGCCCACGAAGUCCCACUUUCUUUGCAAGUUCAUGAGGUGUCCAUUUUUACUAACCAUUUA